AGCAGGACCUCCGAGGAGACCGCGGAGAGUGAGACGGGUUGUUGGAGUAUUUCUUUGGUCCGUUUUAAGCCGGUUUUGGCUUUGACAGUUGUUUUAGUUGCGGCUCCUCUGUUCGCUUCAUCUGGACCGAGUAAAGUCCUCGCUGACAGACACAAACAUGGAGAUAGAGAAGGAAGUAAAGAAGAUGACCCUCGGGCACGAGUUCGGCGCCGGAGCGGCCUGUUUGAAAUGCAAGGAUAAGUGCGAAGGCUUCGAGCUGCAUUUCUGGAGAAAAAUCUGUCGAAACUGUAAAUGUGGCCUCACGGAGCACAACGUGCAGAUGAUCUCAGAGGAGAACAAGAAGGUAGGCAAGCUGUUCGAGGACACUAAGUACACCGGCCUCAUCGCCAAGCUGAAGACGGACGGCAUUCCCAGCUACAAGGGCAACAUGAUGACCAUCACUCUGCCCAGCGCCGCCACGGCUUACAUUGUACCACCGAGUUCUUCCUCCACCGUGGUGCCCCCCUCUGCCGCAGCUGCUUCUGUGCAGCCUGCUGGAGCCGCUGCAGGCACAGCACCCAGCAAGGCUCAGGCUCAGGCUCAGGCUCAGGCUCAGGCCCAGGCCCAGGCCCAAGCUCAGGCCCAGGCUCAGGUUCAGGUUCAGCCUGUACCAGCCAGCGUCACACCAAUCAAGGCGAACAAAGUGCCGGUUACUGUCAGCGCCACAUCAGCCAAUGCGGUACCAGUCCCCAAAGAUGUGCCAAUGAAGUCCGUCACCUAUGAGUGGGCACCACCAAUAGCCAACAAGUAUCUGGCGGCGCGUUACAUUGAGCUGCUCCCACCAGAGAAGCGUCCGGUGGCCGGUACAGAGGGCGCUGCUUACCGUCGGCAGCAGAUGGCCCGCCAGCUGCCCGAGCACGACCAGGACCCGUCCAAGUGCCACGAGCUGAGCCCCGCCGAGGUCAAGCAAAUGCAGCAGUACGUCCGCAAGUACAAGGAUGAGGCCCUGGGGAUGGGAGAUGUUAUGCUGCCUGAGGAGAUGGCUCUGGUUCAGGCAGGAGGGCAGGGUGGAGCUGGUGGCAGGGCUGGAGGUGCCCCUGGUGCUGGACAGGCAGGGACUGGACCUGGGAUUGGCGGACCUGGAGCUGUCGCUGGGGCUGGUGGUGGAGCUGGAGGGGCUGGUUUUAGACCGGCAGUUGGCGGUGCUGGGAUUGGAGCUGGAGCUGGAGCUGGAGCUGGAGCUGGAGCUGGUUCUGGGUUUGGAUCUGCAGCAGGGGGUAGUGCAGCUGGACUUAGACCUGGUGGUGCUGGACCACUUUUUGGUCCAGGGGGUGGACCAUCUGCAGGUUUUGGACCAACUGGAGGAGCCAUGGGAACUACUGCCACUGCUGGAGCCAUGGGCGUCCCUGGAGCUCAGCAAGCUGGACUACCACAGCAGACCUUUUCAUGCCAUCACUGCCAGCAGCCGAUGCGUCUGGGUGAGCCCGCCGUCUACGCCGAGCGGGCCGGCUACGACAAGCUGUGGCACCCGGCCUGCUUCGUGUGUUGUACCUGCAGCGAGCUACUGGUGGACAUGAUCUACUUCUGGAAGAAAGGCAAGCUGUACUGCGGACGCCACUAUGGAGACAGCGAGAAGCCACGCUGCGGAGGCUGUGAUGAGCUGAUCUUCAGUAAUGAGUACACUCAGGCUGAGGGCCAGAACUGGCAUCUGAAGCACUUCUGCUGUUUUGAGUGUGAUUGCAUCCUUGCUGGAGAGACAUACGUCAUGGAGAACGACAAGCCUGUCUGCAAGCCCUGCUACAUGAAGAACUACGCUGUGAAAUGCUCAGCCUGCCAGAAUGCGGUCGAGCCCGAGGCCCAGAGGGUUUCCUACGGCGAGCACCACUGGCACGCCGAGCCGCAGUGCUUCAAGUGCUCCGGCUGCUCCAAGUGCCUCAUCGGCCAGCGCUUCAUGGCGACGCAGGGCUUCCUCUUCUGCUCUGUGGAGUGCAAGAAGAAAACCAUCGCUUAGAGGGCAAAAACAAGGCCCUCCAUCUUCUCCACAACCACGUGUGAAACCAGGACAGCUUGAGCUUAGACUAGAACCAGCGCAGCGAAAGCAAACACUGGUGCAGCUGGAUGAGGGCAGAGAUGCUGGACUGUGGUUAGAGUGCCUGAUCCCUCUGAUAUAGAGAUGUACAAUAAUAGUGAGUCCACGUGCAGGAAGGUGCUCUUUUCUCUCUGUCCAUGAAGACCACAGUUUUGAUAAAUCCGCCUAAACAUCUGCCUUCCAGUUUGUCCUCUGCCUUAAAAUCUUUCUUCUUCUUCUUUUUUUUACUGAUGAGAUUCAUUUUGUAUUGGUUGGUGGUUGCAGUCCAGUUUUUUAACCUUAAACCUGUGUCUGUUUAACAGUGUUGGUGCUGUUGUACCCAUAAGAACUGUUGCUGUUGGCUGAAUGUGCCACCUUGCACUGCUUCCUUUGUAGAAAAAACUACUGAUACUCAGUCUCCUCUACGCAGCAAGCAGUAUUAGCCAGGUUUGGGGUUGAUCUGCCUCCAGCGAGCUGUAUUCCAGAUCAAACUGAAAUCAGUGAUAUUAUUCUCAAUCAAAUCAUUAUGCAGCUGUCUUUUUUUCUGUGAUGUAAGAAUUUCAACUUCCUGAAUUUAGCUGAGAGGUUUGCGAAUUGGCCCAAAUAUGAUGACAGUGUAUUUGGCUACAAGCUGCCACCUGCUGUGGUUGUUUUGCUGCUCAUCCACUGAGGCCAUAGACAAUAUGAAAACAAUGUGGAAACCUUCCAGUAUACACCAGUUAAGAGGUACACUUGCACAAACUAUUGUCAUCCAAACAGCCCUGCAGUGGUGUGGUGGUAUUUCAAGCGUAUGACAGAUAUUUCCAAUAUGUUCCCCUUUGUGUGUGUUAAUGCCGAUGAAGUGGACAAAGAAUAUGGAUUAUUACAAGGAUUGCAUUAGUUUUUAUCUAAUGAAUUGGUAACACUGUGUAAUGCAGUUCAAUAACACCUCAAACUAUGUGCUCAGAAAAUGCUGUAGGAUUUUAAGGCCAGUGUGGCCUUAAGGGGAUCUUCACAAACAUUUGGCAAACAGGCUUGUGUCUUUGAUUAUUUAUUCUUUGCAAAAGGGAAAAAAAUAUUACUCAAUGUAAAUAAAAAGGAAAAAAGCUAAAGAAUCCAAUAAUGGAGUGCAGAAAAUGUGGAUUCUCCCUCUGUAAUUACUUAGGAAUUGGCAGACAAGUUAACACAUGGAGGUAAGUUUUCAUCCAAGUCUACUUAGAUCAUGCACUGGGCUCCAGAUGGAUAUGCACACUGUAAAGUUGCUGUAUAGGAAUAAUGGCAGGUUUGCCAGAGUACCCAAAGACUUGAUGAACUGAGGAAAAACACUGGAAUUUGCUUCACAUGAAACCGUUUUUUGUCACUCUGUUUUGUCCCUUUUGUGCCUUCUACUUUCCCUUUCAAGCAAUAAACUGCACUUUA